AUGUAUCAUUUUCUUUCUUUCUUUCUUUCUUUCUUUCUUUCUUUCUUUCUUCGAUUUUUUAUGUCCCUCUUUCUUUCUAUCAUUCCUUCUUUUUUAUUGUUCUUUUUUUUUAAUGGAUCUUUCUUUGUUUUAAAUUGUCUUUACAUUUCAUAUUUAAAUAUAUCUAUUUCUUUUUUCUUUCUUUCUUUCUUUCUUUCUUUCUUUCUUUCUUUCUUUCUUUCUUUCUUUCUUUCAUUUCUGUUUUUUAAAUAUUUUUUCAUUAGUAACUCUUCCUAUUUCUUUUUUUUAAAUGUAUCUCUUUCUUUCUUUCUUUCUUUCUUUCUUUCUUUCUUUCUUUCUUCUAUUUUUGAACUGUCUCUAUUUUUUCUUAUAUGUAACGCUUUCUUUCUUUCUUUCUUUCUUUCUUUCUUUCUUUCUUUCUUUCUUUCUUUCUUUCUUUCUAUCCAUCUUUCUCGCCUUUUUUCUUUCUUUCUUUCUUUCUUUCUUUCUUUUAUUUUUCUUUUUGUACAUAUUUCUUUCAACACCUAUUUCUAUCUCUUUUCUGAGAUGUAUCUCUUUCUUUCUUUCUUUCUUUUUUCUUUCUAUUUUUGUUUUUAA